AUGGAGGACUACGACCUGCUGGAGAACCAGGACGGGAGGGAGGUGGGCACCAACGAGACGGUGUACAAGGAAUGGAAGAGGAAGCUGUACGGAUGGAGGCGCGACCACCCUCUCCCAGAGUAUGCCAGCCUUCUGGACAAGAUGACACAGUACUUCGAAAGGCACGCGUUCGCUCCAAACAACGAGCUGGAGGUCCGGCUGGGAAAGGUGCUCGAAAGACCAAGGCGCUUUGAGCCAGGGGUGUCCGCAAACAUGUUCUACAAGAUUGUGGAAGGCCUCCGGAGCUUCCAGUCCUGGGAAAACGAAGCGGUGACAAGGCACACCGACUACAUCUGCGGUGAGAAGCGGCUGCGAAUGUACGAAGAUCCCGGCAUGCCCGCUAAGCUAGUGGCCAAACGGUCUCUCGUGUCCCUUGAUGUCACCGCCUUGGGUUCCCCCUUCGACUUCCGCUUCUCUAUCGCGAAAGAGAAGAACCUUGAAGCGACGCAACAGGACAUUGCUUCCAUCACCGCCAACGCGAAGCAUGUCCGGCACAAGGAGCGCAUGACUUUUGCCUACAAAGUGUGGCUCUUUGAUUUGACAAUCGUCCGGACUCAAGGUGGGGUACCUCUGGCACCGUCCGAUGACUGCUUCGAAGACACGUCAGAGGAGAGGAAUGGGGGCCGGGUGUACGAGGUGGAGAUUGAACUCAGCAACCUUGCAAGCAAGGUGAAGAAGAACUCGUUCAACGCAAUGAGGCUGGCAGACUCGACGAUCCUAAAGUUCUUUGAUCUGAUGAACUUUGUUGAAGAGAGAAAGCGCACCCGUGAGGAGCUUGAGGUUCUGAGGUUGAAAGUCAUGCGCUGGAACGGGAGAUUGAAAAAGGUCAAACACGAACAGGCAACAAGCACAAAGGCGCAAACGAUGGGUAUGGAAUGCAAUCCUGAUGCUCAGCCUGACCUGACCUGA